CUUAUACUUAGAAGGUGAAGGUCGUCAACAUGGCCUUUCUGCAGUGGAGAAGAUUCAACUUCUUUGAGAAGGAAACGGUCAAAGACCCAGAAACAGACCAAUAUUUUGAUCAGCUCAAGGACAAGAAUGUAUCUGUCUGUGCCAGUGGCAGAGGGCAGCUUAUUGCUGGCGACUUUGAUGGCAACAUCUAUCUCAUCAACAGACAGCUACAAAUGUCAUCUUUCAAGGGUUAUGAAAUUAGAGUUAGCCAUCUUCAUCAGAUGAAACAACACAAUAUCUUGGUGUCGAUAGGGGAAGAUGAACAAGGGGUUAAUCCACUGAUAAAAGUAUGGAACUUGGAGAAGAUGGAGAGGGGAAGUCCUAUAUGUACGAGGAUAUCAAGGGCGAUACCAGGGAACAAACCAACACCGGUGACUUGCGUGAGUGUGCACGAGAAUCUCAACUACAUGGCAGUGGGGUUUGAGAAUGGAGUUGUCGUGGUGUACAAGGGAGAUGUCACUCGGGACAGGCACAGUAAGUCUCGAACAGUUUUUGAGAACCCGCGACCAAUCACUGGGCUAUCAUUCAAGACAUCUGGCAGAGACGUCAUCUUGUUUGUUGUGACUGAAAUAGCUGUCAACGCCUUCAACCUCACAGCUAAGGAUCAAAGGGAAACUCUGGAGUCAUUUGGCACGAAACUCCGCUGUACCGUUACAAGUGAUGCCAGCCAUGACAACCAGCUGGUCAUUGGCAGACAGGACGCUGUGUACUUCUACCAGCCAGAUGGGCGUGGUCCGUGUCUGGCGUUCGAGGGGGAGAAGCUUCAGCUGCACUGGUUCCGGGGCUACCUGGUUGUAGUGGGGAAGGACAACAAGAACAUGCCCCGUGCCCCAGUCUUAGGCACCCAGGGUCUGGAGAUGAACACUGUGACAGUGUACGACAUCCAGAACAAGUUCAUCGCCUACUCCGCACCCUACCCUGAUGUCAUCGAUGUCAUGUGUGAGUGGGGGUCUCUCUACGUGUUGGCCGGGGAUAGGAAGCUGUACCAGCUUCAGGAGAAGGACACACAGACGAAGCUAGAGAUGCUCUUCAAGAAAAAUAACUACACACUGGCCAUCAGCUUGGCCAAGAGUCAACAGUACGAUGCUGACGGCCUGAUCGACAUCUUCACCCAGUAUGGCGACCACCUGUACAGCAAGGGGGACCAUGAUGGCGCCAUUGACCAGUAUAUCAAAACCAUCGGCAAGCUGGAAGCAUCCUAUGUCAUCAGGAAGUUCCUAGACGCCCAGCGCAUCCACAACCUGACCAAGUACCUGCAGGCUCUACACAAGGCCCAGAUGGCCACUGAGGAACACACAACACUCCUCCUCAACUGCUACACCAAGCUCAAGGACGUCUCCAAGCUGGAUGAGUUUAUCAUGACAAAGGACCGUGAAGUUGAUUUUGAUGUGGAGACGGCCAUCAAAGUGUGUCGCCAGGCUGGAUAUCACAAACACGCCCUGUCGCUGGCAGAGAAGCACGCCAAGCAUGAGUGGUACCUUAAGAUCCAGCUGGAGGACAUCAAAGACUAUCACAGGGCGCUCGAGUACAUCGGCAAGCUGGACUUUGAGGAGGCUGAGAACAACUUGAAGCAGUAUGGGAAGAUUUUGAUGAGUGAAGUGCCAAAACAGACCACUCAGCUGCUGAAGCGACUCUGCACCGACUACAAGCCCAUGGACAAGCCUCUAGUGGAUCAGCUGAGUAUGGAUGGUGGUUUACAACGCAUUCAGAAAGCCAAUGCAGAAGAAUUCAUACACAUAUUUGUGAACAACUCUGGUAAACUGACCGAGUUCUUAGAGCACAUGGUUGAGGUACAGCCCAACUCCUCCAAUCUGGUGUACAACACCCUGCUGGAGCUGUACCUCCAUCAGAUGAUGCAUGAGAAGGACAUAUCACCUCGAGUUGACAGAGAAAGGAAGACACUGGAACUGUUGAAGAAUCCUGAUGCUCGGUAUGACAUUGACCACGCCCUGAUUCUCUGUCAGAUGAACAACUUCAAGGCCGGCAUCCUCUACCUGUAUGAGAAAGCUCACUUGUAUCAGCAGAUUCUCCGCUACCACAUGGAGCAUGAUGAAUAUGUGCACGUCAUCGAGGCUUGCAAGAAGUUUGGGCAGCAGGAUCCUAGUUUGUGGGUACAAGCUCUGUCUUUCUUUGCCCGGAAGGAAGAAAACUGUAAAGCUCAACUGAUGGAGGUCCUGUCUCAUAUUGACAAGAAGAAUCUGCUUCCCCCUCUGCUGGUGAUACAAACGCUGGCUCACAACUCCACCGCCACCCUGUCCGUCGUCAAGGAUUACAUCAUCCGGCGGCUUCAGCUGGAAAACGACCAGAUUGCGGAGGAUGAACGGCUCAUUAAACAGUACAGAGAAGACACUGAGAGGAAGAGACAACAGAUAGAAGAACUCAAGACAUCAGCGAAGAUAUUCCAGGCAUCCAAGUGUAACAUCUGUAACCAUCCCCUGGAGCUGCCAUCCGUACACUUCCUGUGUGAACCACAUUCCUACCACCAACACUGUUUUGAGAGCUAUGCUGAGACUGACACGGAGUGCCCUGUAUGUGCAGCUGAAAAUAGGAAAAUUAUGGAUAUCAUUCAAGCUCAAGAACAAACAAAGGACAUUCAUGAACAUUUUCACAAUCAGUUGGAGAGGGCACAAGAUGGCUUCUCUGUGGUCGCCGACUAUUUUGGUCGAGGAGUGUUCAACAAGGUGACGCUGAUCACGGACUCGCCCACCCACCAGCGGACUCCUCAAGGGAGUCUCUCCUCCAGGAUACCCUAGGCCACGGACGCAUGGUUUACAUGACAAGUCAAAAUACCUUAAGUCUAAUCCAGCAUUAAACAUGUCUGUGCUGAAAAUGUUUUAAUAAUACAUGUGUAUCACAGAGCCAGACUGACACCAACCGUGUUAUAAACAACUGAAAGGCAUGUAUGUAGGCACUUUUGUACAUGUCCAUCCAUGUCUUCUUUGAGUGAAGAGUAACAGCUAAUAUCAUGCCUAGUGAUGCCUAGUGAUGUCUGAUGAUGCCUAGUGAUGCCUAGUGAUGUCUGAUGAUGCCUUGUAAUGUCUGGUGAUGCCUGGUGAUGACUGGUGAUGGAUAGUGAUGUCUGGUGAUGCCUUGUGAUGACUGGUGAUGGAUAGUGAUGAUUGGUGAUGUCCGAUGAUGCCUAGUGAUAUCUGGUAUGCCUGUUGAUGCCUUGUAUUGUGAUGCCUUGUGAUGUCUGAUGAUGUCUGAUGAUGCCUGGUGAUGUCUGAUGAUACCUAGUGAUGACGGGAAGCUUACCAUCUUGUACACAGGUUCCAAUAAUCCAAGGAAAGUGAAUAGUGUCCAACUGUAGUAAGUUUUAAAGUCUAUUUAGGUGAGAAUUCAAUGUGAAUCUUCUAAGGUGUCACUGAGCACUGAGCAAGUGUGGAAAUCUUGCCAAGCCUGGGAUGAUCAUCUGACUUUAUUUGCAACCUUGUCAUUGACUUCAACAGUGCCACAGCUCUUCUUGACUAUGUAGUAUCUGUUGAUGUUUGAGGACUGUCAAAGACUGAUCAGUUGUUGGAGAGCCAGUUAGCAUGGUAUACAGUAUUUAGUUGUUACACUUCAAGGAGUGGUUGGGUAGCCCAGCUGUUAAAGUGUUUGCUUGUCACGCUGAAGACCCGGGUUCGAUAUCCGACAUUGGUACAAUGUGAGAAGCCAAUUUCCAGUGUCCCCACCGUGAUAUUGCUGGAAUAUUGCUAAAAGCAGCGUAAAACCAUACUCACUCACUAGUGACACUUCACCCCUUUACAGCUGUUUUAGCACUUACAGUUAACAUACUGACAGCAGUCCUAUCCUGGUUUAGCCAUCUCUUUGUGAAACAGGCUCCCUAGUUCAAUUUGUAUGUUGUGGGGCUGCCAUAUUUUGUCAUUCAUUUUGUCUCCAGAACCAUGCACAUGGCUUGCAUUUAAGUGAUGGAUGUAAGAUGGGAGUGGAUCAGGCCCAUAGUCUCUGAUGCAUCAGUUGUAGGAAUCCAGACGUGUCAAGGUUGCUUUGGCCACCAUGUUUACAAUGUUUAUUAAAUAUAUCAAUAUGUGAUUUAAUGACAAUGAUUUUUCAGUUAAAAGGCUGAUUAGCAAUUGUGCAUGAAUUGAUGUGCUUUGUUCAAGAAUUUACAAAUUUGGCAUCCAGACUGAUUUUGUCCUGACUAUUUGUUAAGUCUAAGUACCCUGUAUGCAACUGGAAACAUGUCGGGAGGAACUGUUGAGUUAUUGUUAUGUUUGUGUGAUGUAAAUAUUAAACGUGCAAUACGGAGUGUACUUAUGUAAAUAUUGUGAACGUAUUUAAUAUACAGCUAUGAUGGAGGAAUGCCUCCAAGUGAAGCACACUGUACAUUGCACUGAAUAAAGAGCUGAAGCUGU